AUGAAGGGCUUAUUUCUGACUGACGGUAAUAUCUACAAAAAAAUUACAGAAGGACAGAGAAAAUCACACUACGAAGAAAACGAAGUAGAAAAGAAACAAAACAGCGACCUGAUAGACACACUUAAGAAGGAAAUAAAAUUGAGAAUAGAAGAACUCAUCCAAGCUCGUGCGUUGAUCGGCGAAGAAGAGGUGCAGAUCAAGAAGUAUCUGAACGAAGUCUGUCCAGUUGGCAAUAAAACUGGGGAUCAGAUAAUACACAACGUCGACUUAAAAGUGAUCGAACUGCGGAAGAUGCUGGAUCUACUUAAAUACGAGAAACGAAGUAAGAAGAACAAACUUAAAGCGCUAGAAAAAGAAUACGAACAUCUGCUGAUUGAAAGUACCAAAAGUGAUAUUGUCAAAUCUAAGUUUACUACCAAAGCUAAGAAGCACGUCUCUCAUUUAGAAAACGAAAUACACAAAGUUCUGAUUCAGUGGACGGAAGCCGAGUUAGUCAAGAAGAAAUAUUCCUCAAUCAGGCAAGCCUUAGUAGAAGACUCUGUUAAAUUUGAAAGUUCUCUAAGUCGCAUCGAAGAACUUCUGAAGAAGCAGCAAGAAGAAAUCAAAAAAUUAGAAUGGGUCCGUGCUGAGGCAGCAGAAACACGCAUAAGAGCGGCAGCUGCGGUGGCUAACGAGGCAGCGCGGGCCCAUGCUGCAGAGCAUAGCCGUGCUGCGGAGCGCGCGUACUUCGCUCAGCGCUUCAACGAGCGACGCCUAGAGCUGGAGAAACUCGAGAAAAGGAUAUUUCCACCUGCUGUGCGACCGGUAGUUCAGGAAGAAACAAAUGGUUCCGUGAACGGAGAACUAGCCGCAGAAGAUGCGUCAGCAGCUGCUCAGAUGGAAGAGAUCUUUCAACGCUUGAUGAAACUUACCGGUGUAACAGAACCUGAAGAAGUUUUUGACAGAUUCCGAGCCCAGCGGGAGACUUCGAAACGACUGAAUUAUCUUCAGCAGACGACAGAGGAGGAAAAGCUUCAGUUGGAGAAAACACAAACUACGCUCAUAGCGGAGCUGGAGGUCUUUAAAUUCGCCUCCGUUAAGGAUAAAGACGAAGGUCACGAUCUUAUAAAUGAGUUGAAAGCCGAGAUAAAAAGGGAAGAACAAAGACACAUCGAACUGCAGAAGAAGCUGGAGGAACUUGACGCUUUUCUUUUAGAGAUCAAGAAGUUACUAUACGAUCUGUGCAAGCUUCUAGACCAGCUAGUACCCGAACCACCUAUUCCCGAAUGGACAGCGGAGGCGAGGGACAUUCAAGAGAUUGUGAGCGUGCUGUCCGCUCGCUUCGAGAGAGCGCGUGCUCGAGCUGACGUCAUCAGGGACAAGAAGAACGACACCAACAUCGUUAUAAUUCAGUCUAAUACGACAAGCGCAGCGCCAUCUGUCGCCGGAAUGAGCAUGUACAGCCACAGUACUCCGAAGGAAUCCGAGAAGGCUAUACCUACUUACAAAGAAUUAGUACACAAGGAUCCUGUCAAAGCACCCGUCUCAGACGAAGAGGAAGAUAUACCGUCCCGCUGCUACCUAAAGAGGCAAGCACAGCUGAUCGUGGACACCAAGUGCAGAAGGAAGGGCUUUCGACCACCGUAUCCGAGAAAAUAG